AUGCAACUGGACUUUUUUAGACUAGGAUUUAUAACACAAAUAACUCCAGCUUUUUGUUUGAUAAAUCAAUUUGUAUAUUAUGGAAUUUGGUAUGGUGCUAUGUUCUCACUGGCAUGGCUAUCGAUCGAGCGACAUAUUCUAAUAUUUCAUUCAAUUCGAGUUGCUACAGCGCGUGGACGUUUAUUAUUUCACUAUAUACCACUUAUAUUAUUUUCUCUCUAUGCACCAAUUUUCUAUGUUUAUUUGAUCUUUUUUUAUCCUUGUGAGCGUAUUUACGAUGGCACUAUGAUUCAAUGUGGAGAUGCCUGUUUUACGGGUUCUAUAUCUAAUUCAUUCAAACAGUAUAUAUUAAUUGCUCAUGAUUUUAUGCCAAUCGUGAUUAUUAUCGUCUCUAGUGCUGCUCUUCUUCUUCGUGUUAUUAUACAAAAACGUCGUUUACGGCAAGUUAAUGAAUGGCGUAAAUUUCGAAAAAUGAUUACACAAUUUAUUCUCAUCUCCGGUACAUUUGUUAUCUUUUAUCUUCCUUAUACUGUUAUUUAUUUCGUUAAAGCUUUGGGAUUUUCUAGUUUUGGCAACAAUGUCAUCACAUAUUUUGUACCUCUAACAAACGUUCCAUUUAUGGCUUUGCCCUAUGCUACUAUUAUAACACUGCCGGGAUUAAGAAAAAAACUUUGUGCAUUGAUCAUCUGUAAACCGAAGCAAAAUACUAUCCGCCCAGUAGUUAUCAAGAACUAA